AUGGCACAUCUUCCUGCUGUACGCGUUACACCAUCGCUUCCAUUCACCAGUACCGGAGUUGAUUUCAUGGGUCCAGUGUACUUGAAACCUCCUCGCAAACAGGGCCCAAUCAAAUCCUAUAUUUGCGUCUUCGUUUGCAUGGUUACCAAGGCCGCACAUCUCGAACUGGUAAUGAGCCUCACAUCCGACGCUUUCAUCGCAGCGCUAAAACGAUUCUGCUCCCGGAGACGACGUCCAUCAGAUAUUUACUGCGACAACGCCACGAAUUUCGUCGGCGCCAAGAACCAACUGGAAGAACUUCGUGUUCUCUUCCUGUCGCAACGGCAUCAGUCCGAGAUUGCCAGAACAACAGCCCAAAUGGGAAUCGCCUUCCAUUUCAUCCCACCACGCUCACCCACCUUUGGAGGGUUGUGGGAAGCUUGCGUCAAGUCCGUGAAACAUCACCUACAUCGCGUGACUCUUGAUGUCCUUCAGACGCAAGAGGAAAUGACCACUACGGUCGCACAAAUCGAAGCGUGCCUCAACUCCCGGCCGCUUACUCCCCGUUCCAACGAUCCCACAGACCUCGAGGCCCUAACUCCAGGCCAUUUCCUAAUCGGUGGUCCAAUCCUAGCUCUUCCCGAACCAAACCUUACCUCACUACCCUCCAAUCACCUGUCCCGCUGGCAAGACCAACAGCGUGUUCUCCAAACGCUUUGGGAUCGCUGGUACGUAGAAUACUUGCCCACUCUACAGCGUCUCCAAAAAUGGCCCGGUAAACACCCGAAUCUAGCCGUCGGUGACAUGGUUCUGGUCGAAGACAACAACUUGCCUCCUACGAAAUGGCCCAUCGCUCGAGUCCUGAAGACGAUUGUUGGCGACGAUGCGUGUGGCAGAGUUGCAGACGUGCUGUGUGAUGGAAACCAAAUCCGCCGUUGCUCAAUCCGCAAAAUGUGCCCGCUCCCACAUUGCGAAGCCUCCGAAUCCUCCACAGUCACGGAAUCCGAGCGUCAGCCUUCCGCUUCGAGCUGCACUCCCCAACCAUCUCCCACAAUUGAUCUUCAGGCUCCAUCCACACUUCCGGCCGCAGCUCAACUUUUGGCUCCGAACAGCGAGAUUGGUUCCGACGACGACAACGACGAGUAA